AUGUCGUGUGUCCAAAUGAAGAUGUCCUUUUCUCCGGUUGUUUUACUUGUCAUCGCUGCUGCAAGUGCAGCUGCACAAAGCAGCGACCAGACUCUAUACCAAGGAGCGCAAGUGCUGAAACUCAAGCUCAAGACAGAUGCUCAGAAAACACUCAUCGGGAAGUUGCAAAGUGACGGAAAGAUUGAAAUUUGGAAACGUUUCUCCGAUGGAAUGGUCGUGGAUGUUUUGGUCAUCUCUUCGGCGCUAGCUGCAGUGAAAGCUCAGUUGAAGAAAGCAAACGUGGAAGUGCAGGUCAUGAUUGCCGACGUGGCGAAAACGAUUAAAACGGUCAACCCCCCAACUGACGUAAAACGGAAGCAAACACCGAUGAAAAAAGGAGCUAAUAUUAAGAUCGCCGAGAUAUAUAACUUGCCUUUCACGCAAUACAACAGACUCAGCGUCAUUUACGGAUAUUUGGACUUUCUCGCAAGAACCUAUCCGACUUUCUGCACCGUUCAGAGUAUUGGAACCACUGUUUUGGGAACCGAAAUUAAAAUGCUGAAAAUUUCUGGAAGUGUCCAGCCAGCCAACCUCAGUAUAGUAAUUGAUGGAGGAAUUCACGCUCGGGAGUGGAUUUCUCCUGCUGCGGUGACGUACGUCAUCAGGGAGUUGGUGGAAAAUCGCACCCUAUACGCGUUCGCGCCAAAACUCGAUUAUUACAUAAUACCAGUGGCCAAUCCUGACGGUUACGAGUACACACAUACGACAAGUCGGUUCUGGCGCAAGAAUCGACGAGACCCGACGAGCAGUUGUCCAGGCGUCGAUUUGAACCGCAACUUUGACUACAUGUGGGGAGGCUUGGGAGCCAGUAGCGCUCUUUGCUCCGAAAUCUACAGGGGGAAAUCCGCUUUUUCCGAACCUGAAUCCCGGGCCAUGAGGGACGUCAUGACCACAAUAGGAACUAGUGCUAAGGCGUAUAUAGCAUUCCACAGCUACGGACAGCAAAUCAUCUACCCCUGGAGCUACAAAGCACUUCUGACCAACGAUUCUGCCGAUCUGGACAAAAUGGGCAAGAAAAUGGCCGCUGCCAUCACGAGCGCGGGAGGACCAGCCUACACUGUCGGAAACUCCGCCGUUGUUGUAUACGUCGCCUCAGGUGUUUCUGAUGAUUUCGCGAGGGGAGGCGCCAACAUUAAGUACUCGUUCACAAUCGAGCUGCGAGACAAAGGAACGAGCGGAUUUCUGCUUCCUGCAACCCAGAUUGUGCCGACGGGAAAAGAUGCGUUUGCUGCUGUCCAGGCUAUGUCUCUCGAGCUCAUUGCUGGCGCUUAGUGGCCUAAAAAUAAUGCUUCUAUAAAGAAACAAAAAAUUGC